AUGGUUUCCAACAAUUCUUGUGGCACUUCUAUGGUCAUAAUGUUUUCUAAGUACCAUUAUCAUUUUCCAGGGAUGACUUUUCGAUAUGGCUAUGGAUUUUUGCUUAUAAUUGUAGCAGUGGCAUUUGGCGUCUCAAUUCCAUAUUUCGUCGGUUCUAUCUUCCAUCCUAAAAUCCAAGCAUGGUUAGAUAGACAUCCGAAGAAAGCUACCACAAUAAGACUAGCUGGUGAGGGAACUUGGUUCAAUCAGUUCCAAGCGAUUGCAUCGAUUAGGAUUUCUCCUUUCCCCUGUCUUGUAUAUAAUUACGGUGCUGUGGCUUCGGAUGUUACAUACGGUCCUUACUUGUUGGGAACGCUGGUAGGAAUGAUGCAAGAAAUGUUUGUUGCAAUUUACACGUUCACCAAUGUGGUGAUCUUUAGUUUGUCAUGUGGAUCAUCCAAUGAUUUUAUAUUUGUUGAUGUUUUGUUGGGUCGAGGUUCGUCAAUGUGUAGCUGCAUGGAAAGGGAAGGGAGUCGAGACAGAACUCCCAACAUUAUUGCUGGAGAUUUUGGACUGCAGAUGAAGAUGAAAUCGAUUGUAAAUGUCGAAAAGUGA